AUGUCAGAUACAACCAAAUUAACCAAAAAGCAGAAGAAGGCUUUAGAGUUCCGUCAGAAGAAGUCAAAAGAUUCGACAGAGGAAGAUACUUCGCCAGCUACAGAAAAAGAGAAUAAGAAAAGACCAGCAGACUCCGAUGAGACAGCAGAAUCCGGUGAAGAGCCUAAGAAAAAGAGAAAGACAAGAAGAGGUAAGAAAGGUAAAGGUGUAAAUGGGGGAAAAGGACCUCGUUUUAUUUUGUUUGUGGGUAACUUACCAUAUAACGUUACACAACCAGAACUUGUGUCUCACUUCAAAAAUUCGAAUCCUGACAGGAUAAGAAUAAGACCUGAUAAAGGGAUUGCAUUUUUAGAAUUUGAUAACGACAGCAGAGAAAUUCAAAGUAAAAUGGAACUAGCAUUAAGAAUGCAUCAUUCUACUCUUAGAAAUAGAAAGAUUAACGUGGAAUUAACAGUUGGUGGAGGUGGUAAUUCUGACAAUAGAGUAAAUAAAUUAAAAGAGAAGAACGAGAAAUUAGAAGAUGAAAGAAGGUCGAGAGUUACCAAGGAUGGCAAGAAGGGUGAAGUUCCAGCAGGUGUUCAUCCAUCCAGAGCAGCUUUAUUAAGCUGA